AUGGCGUCGAUCUCAGCGUCUCCGCCAAUCAGAUUCGGGGCGGAAGGAGCGCCGAUCGACUUUCCUGUGCUCUGCCUGGGCUUCGUGGCAUGCUCUAUCACAGCAGCGCUCUCUGUCAUGCUCGUCGCCGCCGUGCCUGCCCUUUUGGCCAUCCGCAAGGCGGCACUGGCGUUGGAGCGGCUAGCAGAGGUGGCACGGGAGGAGGUGCCGGGGACGAUGGCGGCUGUGCGGCUGUCCGGCAUGGAGAUGAGCGACCUGAGCAUGGAGCUGAGCGACCUCAGGAGGCUGAGAGGCAUCAGAAGUAGGUGCAAGGUGUAUGGCAGCUGUGCAGCUGUCAGGCAUGGAGCUGAGCGACCUCAGGUGAGUGCAUGGCCAGGACAGGUAGAGACGGGAGGUGACAGUUAG